AUGUCCUGGCUAAGGGUUGGAAUGAAAAUGAAGGGACUGUGGCAGAAAAUGAACAUGUGGAGAAUGAGGAGAUGGAGCAAGAAGGGAGCGGCAGCAGUUAUGCACAUAGAGCUAGACACACCUAUAUAUCAGCAGGCACCCUCGUUUGAGCAAAAAGAGUCUGUCCACAAUGUUUCACAAUUACAGAGUCGUAAAUUACCACCCCCUCCUGAAUUCCACAACUUCGGAUUACCCUGUGUGGAUGUCGUACUGGCACUGGGACUGGGACAUAUUCCC